AUGGUGGAGAAACUGAGGAAGACAGGACUCCAGGCUGCUCCACCUCCUACUCUGUGCUAUGUGGACCUGGAGAUGUGGCGUGUGAUGUCUGCUCUGGGACCAGAAGCAGAAAGCCCUCAUGUCCUGUCUGGUGUGUCUGGCCUCUUACUCUGUCCACAGUGCAGACAGACCUUUAUCCCAAGGCCUGUUCUGAAGAGGAGCACUGUGCUGGCUGAAGUGGUGGAGAAACUGAAGAAGAUAGGACUCCAGGCUGCUCCCCCUCCUGCUCUGUGCUAUGCUGGACCUGGAGAUGUGGCGUGUGAUGUCUGCACUGGGACCAGAAAGCAGAAAGCCCUCAUGUCCUGUCUGGCAUGUCUGGCCUCUUACUGUGAGACUCACCUCCAUCCUCACUAUGAAUCUCCUGCUUUGAAGAAGCACAAGCUGGUCAAAGCCACCGCACAACUACAGGAGAAGAUCUGCUCUCAUCAUGACAAACUGCUGGAGGUUUACUGUCGUACCGAUCAGCAGUGUAUCUGUUAUCAGUGUGUGAUGGAUGAACAUAAAGGCCAUGAUACAGUGUCAGCUGCAGCAGAGAGGACUGAGAAACAGAGGCAGCUGGGGAUGAGUCAGCAGAAGGUCCAGCAGAGAUUCCAGGAGAGAGAAGGAGCUGAAGGAGCUCCAACAGGCUGUGGAGUCUUUCAAGGUGAGUAUUGUUGACCAGAGGAGACACACCAUUUCACUUCUCUCCUCCAAUCAG